UUUUCCUCUGCACAGGUUUUGAUAAAUCUCCCCCAUAGAGUCCAAAGGUAUUGGAUUGAUCCUGACAAUUGACACAAAUUUCCAUUCUAAACAUUGAACAAUGAAAGACGUGGCCUAUGGCGGGAAAGCACCAAGCAGAAUUUAUGUAAGUCAAGUUCUGAAGGUCAUUUGUUCAGCUUCUGAAGAUCUGUAGAUACAUUACAAGCAGUCGAGCUGUGCUUUUACGGAGGAGGUGGAGCUGAAGUUCUUGGAUAUAAGGAUUUCUACACAUAGGAACUCUAUUCCAGUUGUCAGUCACUUCUCCAGUCCAUACGCCUUAGCCAGAAACCCAAACCUCACCAUGUCCUACAACAAAGUCAUCUACACAAGAUCGGGUUCUGUAGACAGAAGCCCAGCAUUUUCUGCCGCAAGCUUUACCAGAUCAGUGCCCGUCAAAUAUGCCGGAAGCGUUUACGGUGGGGCUGGUGGAUAUGGAACCAAAAUCUCAACUGCUUCAGGCUUUGGUGGUUCCUAUGGCAGCAGCUUCCAGAUUACGACCAACAGCGAUGUCCUACUGGCUGGAAAUGAGAAGGAGACGAUGCAGAACCUGAACGAUCGUCUGGCUACUUACCUGGAUAAAGUACGGUCCCUGGAGCAGGCUAAUGGAGAGUUAGAGCUGAGGAUCAAGGAGUGGUACGGCAAAAACUCCGGCAUUGUGUCUGCCGACUAUCAAAAAUAUUACCAAGCAAUUGAACUGCUGAAACAACAGAUACUGGAUGCCACAUUGGACAAUGCUCGAAUUCUGUUGCAGAUAGACAAUGCUAAACUGGCAGCCGAUGACUUCAGACUCAAGUAUGAAACUGAGCAAUCUCUGAGAUACGGUGUGGAAAAAGACAUAAUGGGACUUCGUAAAGUUAUCGAUGACCUCAGUUUGACCAGAGGAGACCUAGAGCAUCAAAUUGAGUCCCUGCAGGAAGAGCUGGCCUACCUCAAGAAGAACCAUGAAGAAGAGGUUGGUGUUCUCCGCAAGCAAGUUGGUGGAACAGUCAACGUUGAAAUGGAUGCAGCUCCUCCUGUGGAUCUGGCAAAACUAUUGGCUGACAUGCGAAUCCAAUGUGAAAGUGUAGUGGAAAAGAUAAGGCAAGAGGCAAAGGAACAUUACGAAACCCAGGUAGAAACUAUAAGUGUUCAGAUAGGAAGCAAUACGACUGAGCUGGAGAAAUCCAAGAUCACAAUCACAGAGUUACAACGCAGCGUACAGGGUCUGGAAAUCGAGCUGCAAUCGGAACUGAGCAAGAAAAAUGCUUUAAAUGCCACACUUGAAAACAUCAAUGCCCAGUAUGCUGCCAAGCUGAACCAGAUACAGGGAUUGAUAAGUAGUAUUGAAGGUCAGUUACUACAGAUCCGGACAGACAUGGGACGCCAGUCUCAGGAGUAUGAGCUGCUCCUGAACAUCAAGAUCCGCCUGGAAAUAGAGAUAGCCACUUACCGCCGUCUGCUGGAAGGCGAGGAAAGUCCCACUUUGACUUUGGAUGAAGAAGAGAAGUUAAGAGAACUUAAUAGAAGCCGAAAGAUAAAGACCAUUGUGGAAGAGGUGAUUGAUGGAAAAGUGGUGGCCACUGAAAUUAAGGAGGUCGAGGAGAAACUACCAAGUAUACUUCAAAAAUAACAAAAAUAGUCAUAAGCUCUUCCUUAUUAUGUCGUGACUUGUGGAAGAUUUCCAAUAAACAUAUUA